CAACAUUAUUGGAACACCAACUAACAAAGACGCAAUGAGUUCAUUGACCGUCUAGAAAACAUGUCAUGAGUGGUUUUAGUGCGCCUUUUGUGAUAUUUUCAGCGCCUCCGCUUAAAAUACAGGGCGCAUGUAGAUUUAAGUAAGCAGCACAUGAUCGCCAUGGGUAGUGACCAACACUUUUGCCUGCGGUGGAACAACUUUCACAGCAACAUAGCCACAUCAUUUGAGCAUCUUCGUGACCAUGAAGACUUUGUGGACGUGACACUGGCAUGUGAGGGGCGCAGUCUGAAAGCUCACAAAGUGGUCCUUUCAGCCUGCUCUCCCUACUUUAGAAAUUUGCUCAAGCAAAAUCCCUGUCAGCACCCUAUCAUAAUUUUACGAGAUGUGGCAUAUGUGGAUAUGUCAGCUCUUCUCAGCUUUGUAUAUCAAGGGGAAGUUUAUGUAUCACAAGAUAGACUUACAAAUUUUUUACGAACAGCUGAGAUGCUCCACAUUAAGGGACUCACAGAACAGAAUCAGCAGCAGUCUCACAUAGCUGCACACCAGUUACAAAGAGAUCAGGGAGGGUUGGUAAAUAAGGUGGUGAGCAGCUUGGGGGCUGUGGCUGUCCAGGGUCCGUCCUCACCACGCUUGAGAUCCACACCCUCACCUACCAGCCAUGUGCUCCAUCAGCCGUCCCACAUCUCACCACCACCCAAGAAACGCCGACCAGCCAGCAGUCCAACCCUUAACUUGCCAGUUUCCACCGCAGCACCUUCUACCCCACCCCGCUCGGAGGUGUCCUCUGCUAGAAUAGAACUAAGUCCUCAUUUGGAAGGUUCUACGUUAGCUGCAGCCCUCACAAAACCUCUUAAUCCAGUCAGUCAGAGAGGGGAUAACACAGCGCGAAGCUCACAACCUGUACCUCCUGCACAGUUGCCUCCACCUCCACUCUUAGCAGCCCCCCUACCCACCCCAGAUGUGCCAAAGGUAAAACAGGAAAAUGAGAGUGAAGUGGCAGGGGGGGAGGAGGAGAGCCAUAUACCAGAACAAGCAGUUAAUCUUGUAACGGAAGGCUCCAUUUUACGGCAACGUAUUCAGGGCUACCAAGGAAGCAGCGAGGCACCCUCAGCUCUACCCCCACCACCCACAAAUAGUUCCAGUAGUCGCUCCACACAGGCUCUACUACAUCCUCACAUUGUUAAGGAUGACUCCCUCAGUGAUGAUACGAAUAUAGGGGAAAUGGGGGUAGAGGUGGGAGAAGGUGGGGAGAAGGAAGCUCUAGCCAGUCCACCACCCAUGGUGAUCAGACCACCACUCAUGGGACUUUUACCACGAGAAGCUGCAGGGUUAUAUGCGGGUCCGGGAACGUCAGGGUCUUUAGGGCAGCAACAUGAAUCUUCUCAAGGUAAGUGUUGCAAAUGAAUUUUUCAAUAAAUUGCAUACAUGCUUUUAAUGAGACAUAGUCAUAUUUUCAGUGUGUUUCUUCUCUUUCUCUGGAUAAUCCCUAAAUACAAUACAGUAGGACCUCUGUAUUCGCAGGUCCGGUAUCGGCAGUUUCGGUUAUCUGCGGUUUACCAUGGCCCAAAAAUAACCCUUAAUAUUUCGUAAUGAUGGCCUCAAAGUGCAAAAGUAGUGAUGGUGGAAGCUCUUCAAAGCAUAAGAGUAGCCGUAAAGGGCUACCUAUCAGCAAAAAAGUGAUUCUCCACUUAUUGUGUGUAAUUUAUCAAUUAAAUCUUGAUAAUAAGGAUGUAUUCACUACUAUCCAUGGUUUUGGUAUCCACAGCAGGUAUUUGGAACUUAUCCCCCAUGGAUAUAGGGGUCCUACUGUACAGUAGUACUUCUCUCUUUAAUUGAGAUGUUGUAGCUGUACUAAAUUUUGUUUUUACCACAGCUGUUUCUCAUCAGGAUUUGGUAGCAGAAGAAGGAAACACAUUCACUGUCACUCAUUCAGUUACUAUCUUCUGAGAAAUGCAUGGACAUCAUAAUUCAAAUGACCCUAUGAACUGCAAUGUUCUCACCCAUCCUUCACAGUGCAUGCACUGUAUAGUAUCUCAAAUUACAGCGUGGGUGUCUGGGAAAAUGGGAUUCGGUUAAUGGGAUUUUUUGAUCAAAGGAUUUUUGUCAAUCCCUAUUUACUGUGUUUCUGGCCACAAGAUGGAGCAGUAUACUUACCCUUGUAUAAUCAGAGUUUUGCAUAAGAUGAGGAAGGGGGUACUACAUCUAACUUUCAACAAGGGCAUACAUGGUGGUGAUACUAUUAUCAUUGUUUUCAUAGACUGGGUCAGGAGAUUUCAGGAAAAAUUUAAUGUUGAAGGCCCAUGUAAGGGCUAGAGUCUGUCAUGUUUGACCAUGUGGACAGUUUUUCACAAACAGAGAAAGACUUCUGAGAGAGUUCACAUCAUCAUAACUGCCACAUUUCUUUAGAUAAGGAAUUCAGUUCAUAUUUCCAGGAUUUGGUUAUAACACUGGUUUACGACCCAUUCCAUGCAAAUCUAGUGGCCCUUCCUCUUGGAAUUGGGCUGCAUGAAAGCCUGAUUGAUUUUAGGAAUGAUUCAGUGACCAAAGAUAAGUUCAUCGAGAUAAAAUUUUCCAAUUUCUGGUGUGGAAGGGUGGGAAUAAACCCUUUGCUAGCUUCUCUGCCUGUCAGGACACUCAUGCUGUUCUGUCACUCUGGCUCUUUGAAGAAGAUUCUUCUCUUUCUCUGUCUCUUAAACCCAAAACCCAGGGUUCAGCUAAGUGUUGAGCAGAAUUGUCAUUGUGCUUUUCAAAAAUUAAAUCUGGCAUAGACUUGGGUAGAUUCUUAACUGCCAUGUGCUCAGAAAGGAAUGUGAAUCAAGAAGGAAAGGAAAUGGUAUGUUGUAAAUAUUUUUUUUCUCUAUUUGUGCUACUUCUGUACUUGUAUUCCUAUGUACAAUACAUUUAUGUUUUACAUCUUUUGAGUUUGACCAUAUAAAGCAUUGCAUGACAGAAAAGAAUAAGUGCCAGAUUCAAAGAGUGGGUAAAAAUGCUGAUAUGGGGUAGAUCAAAGCUAUGAAUCUCACAUUACCAUACUUUAUGGUGCUCUGAGCCUAACUUAAGGUUGCAGCUGACAAUACGUACCUGCACAUUCCCACAAACUGACAAAACAUUGAGGAAUCAAUUCAUUCACUAUGACUUUGGCUGGGGUGGCACCUGUUCUUUUCUUCUACUCAACUCCUUACUUAUCAAGUUGAAAUUCAUCCAUGAAUGCAUAUGAAAUUAUGUCCAAAUCAAGUAAGUACGGUGGUACCCCGAGUUUCGAACUUAUUUCGUUCAAGAAGGCUGCUCAAGUGCCGAUACUAAACAAAUUUGUUCCCAUAAGGAGUAAUGUAAAUUAGGUUAGUACAUUGAAGACCCCCUCAAAAAUACUCAUACAAAAGCACUUACAAUAAUAAUAAACUUACAUAAUUGUUUGAGUUGGGAGUGGUACAAAACUCGGGGUACCACUGUAUUCCAUAGUUUUGGUAUGCAAGGCUAGUUUCAUAGCUUGUGAAGAUUAAGCAUAUUAGGCAAUCAAGGGGAUGUGUAUCAGUUCAUUUGUAUAAUUAUCACACUCUCAUUAAUGUAAUUAUGGGUGUACUAAUGUGCAACUGUCUACGAAAAUAUUAUGCCUAUUGAGUAUACUGGGUAAAGUGUAUGGUACAUUUAUUGCAGUAAGAAUUAAGGGGAUGUGCAGACUAAGUGUUUACAUUGAAGCAUAUAAGUUAACAAUAAUUAGAUAAAGGUAAGGUUUCUGUUGUAUUUAUGGAUUUAGAAAAAGUACAUGAUUGCAUGGCUAGGAGAGCAGUGUGGCAGAUAAUGGAAUAGGUGGUAGGUUAUUUAAAUCUGUAAAGAGUUUUUUGGGUAGUGAGGCUCAGGUUAAAGUAUGUAGGAGAGAGUGGGUUUAUUUUCCAGUAAAAAUUAGCUUUGGACAGGGAUGUACAAUAACACCAUGGUUGUUUAACAUUUUAUAAACAGAAUUAACCCUUUCACUGUCCUUCAAGUAGAUCUUUGUUGUCAUCAGGCUUCGUCACAUAGACCUGUUGUGAGUUCAGCUUGCUCAGAUAAGCUGAGAGUAGUAAAUUUUGGCUUAGAUAUGAGAGAAUGGGUCUGUGCGGUGAGUGUGCAGAGUAUACAAAAAAAAAAACCUGCCCAUGCAGUGCAUUUAUUUAUUAAUUAAUUUGAACAUGAUACAGAGAAGUACAAAGGAAUACAGUUAUUAAAGUGCAACAUGCCAAAGCCCCUUGUAUGCAGAGCAUUAUGGGCAGGCUUAAGAUUAACUAAGCAAUGAUAUAUUCAGUUGUAAAAGCAUUAUUGUAAACAGAUAACAAUUUAGCACAAAUGAGUAUUACAAAGACAGUGUUCCGGCCGUACCUUCGGUGUUCGGCAGCAGCGGCAUCCUACCAGCUCUUCUUCCUCAAGAAACUAUCGCUCAUCAAAACUUGUGAUGGCCUAAGUGAAGGUACAACUACAUGAACCCACGUAGACCAAAAAUGACCCAAGAAUACUAAGAAUGUAACCCAAAUCUUGACAAAAUUAAAAGAUCUAAGGAAGACAGCCCCGCUAACCCAAACACUGCCUCCGCUGCCAGACAACCACUCAACCCAAGCUCUAAGAAAACAAGCCUCCUCCUCCAUAGCUACACAGUAUCUACUUCAGUGAUACUAUGAAAGGAUAUC